AUGUCGAAGGAAUACACGAGCAAUGCCCCGAGACACUGUGUGAUUUACAUUGCGUUAGUGCUGCCAAAGGAUCCUUCAGGUGUGUUGGUCACGUUUUAUGGACAUGGAGAGGAGAAUGGCGCUGGAGACGUGCAUAUCGGCAAUGUUUCAGCUAGCAGGCUUGCCACUAUCUCGAGAAGCGAGCGUGUGCUGUACGAGAACGAUGAUGUCGGGAGACGGGACGAAGAAGUCAUCUUGAUAGGCCUACGGCCGGCCAUGACUAUGUAUGCCGACCUCCCCAUACCGCCCCAAAUGGACACCGCAGACGCAUAUGAGCGUGGAACUUCCCUGCCACCUCCAGACGCAUCAAUGGACGACUUCUUGGACGUCGAGAGCUUUGUCACAUCCGUUGCAGAGCUCCUGACCCCUCCUGAUCUCGAAGCAUUCAACUUUGAGAGCAAGGACCUGUCGCCCAAGUGGCUGAACGACGUCUUCUCUAUUACACCAAGAUCAACCACCGAGCUUGUCCCUCCCUCUACAGCGGAGAUCUCGGACACCACAUCACUACCGAGAGCGACAUGUUCGGAGAUUCACAAGUGCCGAAACCCUCAGGGUCUUUGCCUUAGCUUGGCCACAGGGCUGCUCAAGUCAAUGCACUCCUGCUCCCCGUCGUGCCUCCUCGGGCUCGGCAUGGGCAGCCAGCACGGAGAGCCGCCGUUGUCUCGGGCUGUCGACAAUGUCCUGUCCACCAACUACGAAGCCCUGCGGGCCAUUCGUGGCUUUCUCCGAUGCCCUUGCUACGCAAGUCCGCAGCUGCAGCUUCUGGUGACUGUCAUGUGCGCUGAGGCCAUCGCCUGGUACUGGCGCAUUAUAGACACCUAUGGCAGCCGCUGCGGUAGCACGAGCAUGGACGGUAGUGUCCAGCUAGCGGAGAGGGUCGAGAUGUCGCGGAGGUCGUUCUUCAUUGGCGACCAGUGCUUGGAGAGCCGUCUCGAGGCGAGCCUCAUUGGCCAGGUCGUCGCCAGUAGACUGCAGGAGCUAGAAGAUCUGAUUGGGGACAUUUCGUGGAACACGGAGCAAUCUGCCGCAGCCACCAGCGAGCCGAGAGGCCAUCCAAUGUACAGUGCGGUGCAUAUAAGGAUGGAUGCGUUUCUGAAUACGCAGCUAACGGCAGUUCGACGGGAGUUGCUCAAGCUACGCGAUGACGCUCAGGGGCAUCAAGAGGAGAAUAGUGGUCAACGAUAUGCUCAUGGGUCGGCUUCUAGAUGA